UGUGCCUUUUCUGUGUCAGUUUCAGGAGUCCUGAGCUUGAGCCUGAAACAAAGCAGGAGGCUGGAAAGGGGCUUUCCGGAGUUUGCCGAGGCACCGAGCUGAGGGGGAGGCUGCCUGCCUUGGCAAAGGCGUCGGGGAGCCGGGCUGUGCCUUUCGCCGCCAGCUCUGCGCAGCGCGAAGCUCCCUUUGGGGGGAGCAUGUGGCUCGGGAGCGGGGGGGGCGGGGAGGGAAAGUUUGCUUGGCUCUUUCCCUCGCCUUUCAGAUCGAGGCGGUUUUUCGCCCGUGGAAGACUAAGCGGUAGCUUGCCGACCGCCGACCGCCUCCGGCGCUGCGCUGUCGGCCACCUCAACAGCGAAGGGCGAGAACCUGGCUGGGACGGGGAGAAAAAGGAACAGCAAGAAGCGAGCCCGAUCCGGCUUCUCGCCUUGAUCCUGCUCAAGUGCGCCGCAGAGACUGGGGUUUCCUUGCCUGCUGGAGCCGACAGCCUCCUCGCAAGAAUUCCGAGGGUGUUGUUUCCCUCCCCCCCUCUCUCCCUCCCUCCCUCCCUCUCUCUCGGAAGGGUUUGAGGUUCGUUAAGGGAUAAUACUCUUCUUUUCUAAAAACCCAGAGGAGAAAGGCAAGGCAGGAAGGCGAGCCAGGCAGUUGAUUCCUCUCCCCCAAGAAGCGCGCUCCCGAAAAAGCUCCAGAAGGGGGGAAAAGAAGGGGCCCCGUCCGCGCCUAGCUUUGGGGAUGGAUGAUCAGCCCAGGUUGAUGCAUUCCCACGCCGGAGUGGGAAUGGCCGGCCACCCGGGCCUGUCCCAACACAUGCCGGACGGGGCUGCGGGCACUGAAACCGAGGGGGGACGGAAACAAGACAUCGGGGACAUUUUACAGCAGAUCAUGACCAUCACCGACCAGAGUUUGGAUGAAGCGCAGGCCAGAAAACAUGCUCUAAACUGUCACAGAAUGAAACCUGCACUUUUUAAUGUCUUGUGUGAAAUUAAAGAAAAAACAGUGUUGAGCAUUCGAGGGGCUCAGGAGGAGGAACCCACAGACCCACAGCUAAUGCGGCUGGACAACAUGCUCUUAGCAGAAGGGGUAGCUGGCCCUGAGAAAGGAGGGGGCUCGGCAGCGGCAGCAGCAGCGGCAGCAGCAUCAGGGGGUGCUGGCUCAGACAAUUCCGUAGAACAUUCUGACUACAGAGCAAAACUCUCACAGAUUCGGCAGAUCUACCAUACAGAGCUGGAGAAGUAUGAGCAGGCAUGUAAUGAGUUCACGACCCAUGUGAUGAACCUGCUGCGGGAACAGAGCAGGACCCGGCCUAUCUCACCCAAAGAGAUAGAGAGGAUGGUCAGCAUCAUCCACCGCAAAUUCAGCUCCAUCCAGAUGCAACUCAAACAGAGCACGUGUGAAGCCGUCAUGAUCUUGCGCUCUCGAUUUCUUGACGCACGGCGGAAGAGAAGAAAUUUCAACAAGCAGGCUACAGAAAUCCUCAAUGAGUAUUUCUAUUCUCAUCUCAGCAACCCUUAUCCCAGUGAGGAAGCCAAAGAGGAACUAGCCAAGAAAUGUGGCAUCACGGUCUCACAGGUAUCAAACUGGUUUGGAAAUAAACGAAUCCGGUACAAGAAGAACAUAGGUAAAUUUCAAGAGGAAGCCAAUAUUUAUGCUGCCAAAACGGCUGUCACUGCUACAAAUGUGUCAGCCCAUGGAAGCCAAGCUAACUCACCCUCAACUCCCAAUUCAGCUGGUUCUUCCAGUUCUUUUAACAUGUCAAACUCUGGAGAUUUGUUCAUGAGCGUGCAGUCACUCAAUGGGGAUUCUUACCAAGGGGCCCAGGUUGGAGCCAACGUGCAGUCACAGGUGGAUACCCUUCGCCAUGUUAUCAGCCAGACAGGAGGAUACAGUGACGGGCUCACAGCAAGUCAGAUGUAUAGUCCGCAGGGCAUCAGUGCUAAUGGAGGUUGGCAAGAUGCUACGACUCCUUCGUCAGUGACUUCCCCCACAGAAGGCCCUGGCAGCGUUCACUCUGAUACCUCCAACUGAUCUCCCAGCAAUCCAGUAUCCCCGGCUGCUCCCACCCUGUACCAGGCAGAGGUGGGGGCAGAGAGGGGAGAGUUUUUUUCUCCUGUUGAUGCCAGCAGGCUGGAUUCAGAGCUGACUGGCCCACCCAACAGGAGUCUCCUUCUCUUCUCUCUUUGGGGAUGCUUUUUCAGCCAAUCUGGACACUUCUUUAUACUCUCUUCCCUUUCUUUUCUGGGUAGAAGCCACCUUUCCUUUCACCAUCACCACUGCCCAUCCUCUCACAGCAGAAUGAUCAGAAGAAGAGAAAACAAAAACAUCUUCUGAAAGCAUUUGUACUGUUUAUGUUAUUGCUGCUGUUGUUGUUGUUGUUUUUAUCCCAGUGUCGAUCUUUAACUCCCUCCAGCCUACCAGGUAUCUGACCGCCUCCUCCCAUUUCUCUCGUGUUCUCACUACCUCUUUCCAGGAGCCAUCUAAGCUCUUCCCUUGGCUUUUGGGCACCAUCCCUCCUUCAUAGGAGAACAGUUGUCUGUUCCUCCAAGAUCCUGGGUCUUUGGUGAGUUGCCUUCCGGGACAAUCCCUGUUACAGGCUGGAUAAAUGCAAUCCUGGUGCUGCAAGGUAUGUCUGUAACAUGCCACAUGGUUACAAGAAGAUAGGAAAUUGUUAGCAGAGCUACUCUACCAUCCCUUCAUGUCUUGUAUCCACCCUAGACAUGAACCUGACCACUUCUCAUUUCUGUUGUUCCACACUCCCCAUGGAACUGUAAUUAGGGAUGUGCAUUCUUCUUCAUGAAGGAAGUGCACAGUUAGUUGCUUAGUAUAACAUGGUAAACUGCAGUAAAUCUGGGUAGUAAAUGAUCUUGCAUAAUUUAUUUGGGUUCUACAAAUCAUGUUUUACUGAUGGAGAAAAGCGUUUCACAUUUUUGUUUGAAAUGUAAACCAUAUAAGGGCAGAGCAAUAAAGACCUGUGCAUGGCACUGUGGUCUUCAGUCUUAUACCCUUUGAUUUCUGAGCUUUAUCCAAGCAUCGUCCACCUGGAUGCACAAUCAUAAAGCUUAGAUAUUCAGAAAGGGGGGGGGGUAUUACCUGCACAGUGAAGCUGCAGAAAUUGCAAAAUAUCCAGAGCUUUCAUUACACUCCUAAUUUACCAAUAUCUGUUACACAGAGAAAGAAAUUACUGGGAAAUUACUUCCAAGCUGCUAGAAUGUACAACUUGCCUUUACUAGGGCAUUAGUAAACAUUUGGACUUUGUGGCUUUGCAUAUUAUAAUUUGCAUAUAGAUCCUUGCUAAAAUAGUGGUGUUGCCUUGAUCUUGAAAAAAAAAAGACUGACACUUCACUUUUAAGAAAGCAUGUUUUCCUGGUGGAAAAAUAAUUAAAUAAAAAUGAUGGGGUGGGGUGAGAUGGGGAGAGGAGAAGAUAACUGGCUAUUGGAAAUGCAUAUUCAAAAAUAUAUAUUUGCAUGGUGACUUUAAAUUAUUGCCUGUGCUCAAACUCAGCUCUCCAGAAUAAGAUGAAAUGGGUUGCCUCCUAGUCUUCAACAUGAGGACAGAUCACAUUUCAGCAAGGCACAUUCAAGGGAACUUCCCAGUGGAUUGACUGUGUCCUCAAUGAAGUAUCUUGCCCCAGCCCAAAGACAGAAAGACAUUAAAUAACCCAAGCUGUGCUGUGGUGUGGCUUCUUUAUUAGUGGCAACACAUAGACAAAUCAGUCCCCCAAGUUCAAGAACAAUGUCCACUGGUGCAGUAUCUAGCAGUGUACUUAUACCGUACUCUAAGCUCCCUCGGCUCUAAUCAUCAUUAUUCCAUAUUUUCAGUAGAAAAGGGGUUUUCUAUUUGGGAUCAUUAUGAGUUCAGUUUGGCAAAUAGCCCACAUUGAUUAACACAGAUUACAAAUAGCUUUGUAACCAUUACCAAACAACGUUGGCAGUUCUGUCUGGAUGAGUGUUGGGACCCUGCUGCUUCUUAUGAGAAGUCAUGAGAAAUCUAUAGCUUGCUUGGUCCAUCUGUUCUCAAUAACCUGCAUAUACCCAGGAUUAAAACCAAGUAAAUUGGAGGCACUAUAGAAAAGCAGCAGGUUUAAUGGACCAACUAACAUUUCAUAAUGUUAUUGUGAUGGUUUCAUAAUGAUUUGAGCAAAGCACUCGCUUUUCAAAGCACCUUGUCCACCUUCCAAAAGACUGAAGUGAACCUGCCACAAUAUUUCACAUUGUUUCUGGGGCUUCCUUAGCAAAUGCAAUAGCCAGAAGAGGCUCUUCCGGCUAGUAAGCAUGCUAGAUAAGGCCCCAGAAGGGACACGAAGCACCUUUGCAGCAUGAAGCAACUCAAGGCAAACUGCAGCCACCUCACACAGGCCUAGUGUCACUUUUAAACUGUACAGAAUACCUCAUUAGGAUGAAUUAAAGAAAGAAAAGGCAAAAACAAGAAGCAAAUACUAACUAAGAGAUUAAAGCCACAGUGUCUAUAUGGUGGUAUUAAGAUGGGAAUGUGGAAAGAGAUUGCAGAAUUAGAUAGAGAUGGCUUUCGGUAAGAGGUGUCUUGUAUCUAGGAGCUGGGACAAAGAAACACAUGCAAAAUACAACUGACCACAUCAAAGGUGUAUACUUAACUUUAGUGCAUGAGGGGAAAUAUAGCCAUAAUAGGUAGCAUUGCCUAGUGUUUGGAUGGAAUAUACCUUUGCCAAAUAAAGUUAGGAGAGAUCUGGGCUGCACAAAUCCAGACAACCACUAGAUGACAGCAAAGAAGCAAAGUUGUUGGUGUCUCUACCGCCAUCUAGUGGCCGCAUGGAUUCAUGCAGCCAAGAUGUGCUUUCCCUGGUAAAGGCCACUCUGCAUGGACUUGAAACUUCCUUCAGUUGGAUUCACGUGGGUGAGAUUCCAUGAAUAUUUCUUGAAAUAUUUGUUUAAUGUAAUUAAAUGUAAUCAGGUUAGUUGCAAUUAAUUACAUUAAUUGUGUGAUCUUUAUCUAACACAUCUAUUGGCAACUUUCACAGAGACCACUAUAUUGCUGUGAUAAAUGAAAAAAAGACAUAGUCUCCUGGAAAGCAGAUUUUAUUCAACUUCCAUUUAUAGGUAGAUAGUGUUGUGCAGUAUUAUUUAUUAACUUCAUUUCAAACUAUUAUCUGGACUGUGCAAUUUGCACGGCAGACUACAGUUGUUUGGGAGGGAAGAAAGAGAUGGAACUGCAUUUAUCUGCCUGUAACAAUAUAUCUUUCUAUUAUGGUCCGCCACGGUAUGGUACUGAACUCCUUAAUGGUACAUACACUGGUAGUAGUUCUUUGCAUAUCCAGAUUUACUAUUUUUAUUAUAAUUAUGUAAUACUGAUAUUUUUGCUUAACUGUGAGCUGCCUUCUCAUGCAUUUGGUUCUUUAUUUUCUGCCCAGAAAAACCCAACUUCGAUACCAAAAACAAAAAAAUUAAAAAACUGCAGAAACUUAAAAAAAAAGAAUCCUAAAAAAGUAAAAAAAAAAAUUAAAACAUUCAAUUCUUUCAGCUUUAUUAACAUUUUCCAUUGUUUCCUGCGAUUUGUGUCUCGUUCUUUGUAGUAUUGAUGAUAAUGAACAUUUGAUAAUGAAUGUUCUUGUAUAUUCAGAUAAAGGAAAAACAAACCAAAAAAACAGUCUGAAUUUAAUAGUGUUUAUAAAAAUAAAAAGUUACCCUCCUAGCACGCAUCAAAGGACAGACCAUCCCCAUCCUGUCCUGUGGCAAAAAGAGCUUCAUACCUGUAUAGUUUUUAACACCAAGCUACCUACAUUCGCCCUUCUUUUGUUUCCAUUUUUAACGCAUUUGUGAAUUAGUUCAAGAAUGGUAGACAAGUGUAGAGUUGUGCACAUUCAUUUCCUGUUACACAAUGUUUUAAAAGAAGUGACAGUAAUUCAUUUUGUAAAACUUUUAACAAUGGUUGGAAUAGUGAGCAUAAUAGGUACACUUAAUACUUUGUUUACUAACUUUGAAAGCCAGAAGUGACAUUUUCAUUAUGUUCUGCAUACUUUAAAAGGAGCUUUUAUUUUAAGGCCCAAUCCACUGGGAGGUUUUCCAGUGUAAGCCUCCCCUGAAACAAAUGGAAGCUACAGAAGGGCUUUUUCUGUGCAGCUCGUUUUUUUCAACAAGGCUUGUGCAGGAUACUAGACUCAUCUCUUUUAUUUUUAUCUUUUUCUUUUUUCUUUUGGUCGGACUAUGGCCUUGAAAAUAUAUUUCCCAAUUUCCUUACUACUUAAGUCUUUUUAUUGCCUUUAAAGUGAUGUGAAAAGCUUCUUUAGAGCAAAUAGAAAAAAAGAUAAAUUAUUUUCCCUUGAAUGUGCUUAAUUUAUAUAAAAUUAACACUCUUAUUCAUUAAUCUGAUGCCUUCAGAAUGUGUUGGGACUACAGCUCCUAGAAUUCGCAGCCAGAAUAGCCAGUAUUUGCUGCAGCAUACCUGGUAGGGAGACAGCUGCCUCUUGCGGAAGGCUGAAAAGUGAUGAGCAAGGUACUUGAAACGCUGAACUUCCUGAAAUCUACCUAGCCUCAGUUCUCACCUGGCUUGCUUGACAGUGAUGGUGAGCUGAACCUUCUGAGGACUCCCACGCAGGGAUGUCUGGUCGCUUGGCUUCCCUGAACUGUUUUGAAAAGCUAGACAGGCCACAUCAACUUUCUCCCUGGAACGAGGUCAUAGCACACUGCUACUACAGAGCCAUCAGGUUAUUAGCAGGCUGGCCCACAGUUAAAGUUUGGCCCAAGUUCCUCUAGCUGCCCCCUUCUAGUAGUAGCGUGUAGGGUUACUGUUGUAAGGCAGCUGUUUGCUACUUGCAAAGGUGGCAGAUGAAAGGGACAGGUACUCAGUGAUCGUUGCCUGGCCAAUGCAAUGAUCGUAUUCUUUCAGAAGUGAAAGUGCAAAUUCUUUUUGCCAUAUCCCAUCUUCUAGGCCGCCAUCAGAUAAUUUGAACUGGCACUCUGCUGUAGUACUGGUAAUCUCCCUCUCCCCUCCGGGUCUUGGUUUCCAUGCAAAAGCCAGCCCCAGGACCUCUCUCAGGGCAUUAACCAAAGCUGCUGAUCUGCCAGCUGCUGCCCAGUCCCGCUGCCUGAAUUUAGACAAGGAGAGCCAAGAGUGGUAGGCAAGCAUGUUGGAAAUCACUAGGCAAAGGGAGUCCCCUUGUGCCAUCAAUCAUCACUUCCAGGCUAUACCACCUGCCCACCGAGGGAAUGCUCAUAAAAUGCAGCCAUAUGUUUAAAAUACUAUCUAGCCAGAUCUCACUUUAUUGGUACUAUAUUUUUAAGAUUAAACAGCAGAUGAAAUGUACUAUUUCAUCCUGUCUUCUUAAAUACUUAUCUAAAUGACUUUGUGGGAGAUGCUCGUCAAUCUUAAUUCAAGGACAACCUUGGUCCAGAAUUUAGCCAGUUUUGCUACAAUCCACGAGUACAACUCUUGGUACUUUCUCUCAAUUCUCUCAAUUACCAGCACCUUUGUUAAAGAAUCAUCAAUGAAGAAAUUAACACUGUGGGGAACAAAGCAAUAACGAAGAUCAAUUAGUGAGAUUUUUGUGCCCCGCUGCUCAAAAAGCACUUUGCCAUCACAACUCUAACUUGGUGAUUUUGGAGAGCUCAGACAAUUGUGUAAAUACUACUAGAGUGCCCCAUAAUCAGGGCCAAGGACUAGGGUUUCCUGUUGUAACUAUUUCCAUCGUUAGCACCAAGGACAAUUCCCGUCUCCCAGUUGAGAAGGAGACCAAAACAAUUAACAUUAUUUCUCUUCACUGCCAUAAUGAGUUAAAUCUGAUUAGCUACCUCGUGAUAUGACAUCAUCACAUGUAAUGUGAUUCCUGAUUUGCUGAGCCAAAGAUGCAUUGGCCUUUUGGGGCCUCAUUUUCAGGCUGUGAAAGUAGAAGAGGAGGGUUCUUGGAAGGUUUCAGAGUUUAGAAGGCUUGCUGGGGAAAAUAUGCAUGUUGCUUUUUCAAACAAACAAAAACUGCUCUAUCUAUAAUACUUUAUUAAAUGAUGUUACAACAUGUACCUAUUUCUAGUAAGGCAUCAUAGGGCAAAAUUAUAUCCUGUAUACAAUGCUGAAAACAUUUUUUUACUGGUUUUGGUGGUUUGUUUUGGAUUUUAGGGUAUUUUUUCAUCUAUGCGGGAAAAACAGUUUCUAACUGCCCCCACUUCCCUGAAAAUUUGGAGAUUUUCUUUCCAUCUUUUAUUUUCAAAGAAAAUGGGGAGGGUGGACAAGUUGAGUCUAUAGUGCAUCCAGUUGCUUCCUAGUAAGUGUUUAAGAUAACAGCCUUGAUGUUAACACACUGAAAAAGCAUUCUGUCUAAUUUCAGAUUUGCCCCAUCAGGAUCACACAGUAAAGGAGUAGCAAACCCAACCCACAAACCUCCAAAACUAGCAACAGAUAUGCGAAAAUCCAGAGUAUGAUGUUACAGGAAUCUCUUUGCUCUCUUCCAAAAGUGAGGCAAACUUUUAAGCUCUGGCUUAAACACCCAAUGUUUAUUGGCUUGAAAAAUAAUCUGAUUUGAGUUGGAAUUAGUUAGCCCCUUGCCCCAUACAAUGUGUAUACAUACAUACAUUGAGUCACAUUAUUAUGGAAAUACUUCAAUUUUGUAAUUGAAAGCAAGCAUGCUUAGACAUGUCUGCACUCUGUUGUAUAGACAGACACUAACAAACCUCUUCUAACUACAAGGAGAAAUCUCUGGAGUGAUAUAGUCCAGCUGCAGUGAUUCAGAUUUACAGACCUGGACUCAUGUCUAAAAGACAAAUUGUAUGCUCUUUGGAAGUAUGGUACCCUGAAUUCCAAUUAUCUGUAGAUUUAAGGUAAUCCCAGUCCACCUUGGUGAUUUUUUUUUUUUUUUACUAUAUCUUACCAGAGAAAUCUCAAACUGGUAAGAGUAUACUGCCGUGCAAUUCACACUGCAUGGAGAAAGCAGUGUCUAAUCCAAAUUCUCAUUUGUUCAAAAUGUUAUCUUUUUGACUGAUGGCCAUUACUUCUCAGAAAGAAUCAGGGAGUCAAAGCGAUAGUGCUUUCAAAAGUGAUAUAACAGGAAUCAGUCACAACUUUUCCCUGCAGCGAGGAAGAAUCCAAGGCUCAGGCUGGUAGGCAGAUGGAGGAAUUUAUAGGACUGGACUCAUUUAGGGAACAAAAUUUGAUAUAUGAUCCAACAUUUCAAAAACUCAAUCUGUAAAACAAUGGAUGGCAGCGCUGUUCUUUCUUUAUUUGCAAGGUAUGGUGAGAUUUUCACAUCACUCUUUGCAUUGGCCCCUUAUUUUUCCUAUGCAACCUUGUUUGCAUAAAGCUUUUAACAUAUUAUUACCAUUGUUAUUAUCAAAAUGUAUCACAAAAUGCAUUGUUUGUUCUUAAUCAGGAUCCCUUUUGUUUCUUGCAAAAGCAUCCUGCUGUAUUCUCAAUUGCUUUGUCUUUUCUUAUGUUUCCAAUAAUUUCCCAAUAUAAACCUUAAGAAAUCUUCGCUUUGCUUUGACUUACAUCAAGUUUUCUGCUCCCUUAAAGACAAGGCCUGUGUCUUUUGGAUCCCCACUGAAACUUUCUGUUCUAUAAUAAUACUAACAAGAUGUAGGUUUUACAGUCUCCUGAUUUGUAUUGCUACUGCAUAUUCCAAAUAAAUAGUUUCUUUUG